GAGAGAGAGAGAGAGAGAGAGAGAGAGAGAGAGAGAGAGAGAGAGAGAGAGAGAUUUUCCCAGCUCCUUUCUCUUCUUUCUGCCAUGGGCUCGGUUUUCCCCGGCGACGCGCUGAGGAUGAAGUCCGGGUUCAAGUCUCCAAAUCUGUCUUUGUGUGAGAUCAUCACCUCGGAUGUCCUGCACAGCUUUCUGUACGGGAGAUGGAGAAACGUUCUGGGAGAACAACCUCAUAACCAUCACCACCACCACCAUCAUCCUCACCAUCAUCAUCUUCAUCAGGUCUCUGAAGACAAGCCGCAGCAUCCCAUCAGCAAAACCGCGUUUACCGCUGAGGUCCUGGCGCAGUCCUUCUCCGGAGAGGUUCAGAAGUUGUCCAGCUUGGUGCUGCCCAGUGAAGUGAUCAUUGCUCAGAGUUCCAUCCCUGGGGAAGGAUUGGGUAUUUUCUCCAAGACGUGGAUCAAAGCCGGGACUGAGAUGGGUCCUUUCACUGGCCGUGUCCUCUAUCCUCAGCACGUAGACCUGCACAAGAACAACAACCUCAUGUGGGAGGUGUUUAAUGAGGAUGGGACAGUGCGCUGCUUCAUAGAUGCAAGUCAGGAGGACCAACGCAGCUGGAUGACCUACAUUAAGUGUGCAAGAAACGAGCAAGAGCAGAACCUGGAGGUGAUGCAGAUCGGCAGCAACAUCUUCUACAAGGCUGCAGAGACUAUUCCUCCUGACCAGGAGUUGCUUGUUUGGUAUGGGAAUUCACACAACACCUUUCUGGGCAUUCCUGGUGUUCCUGGCAUUGAGGAUGAGCAUCAGAAAAGAAAUAGGAAUGAGGAUUCCCACUCAAGCGACAGCAAUUCUUCAGCCUCUCCGUCCUCCAUGUCCUCGUCUGCGUCCAGUCGCAUGCGCUGCGUGAUCUGUCACCGUGGCUUCAACUCCCGCAGCAACCUGCGCUCUCACAUGCGCAUCCACACACUGGACAAACCCUUCGCAUGUCGCUUCUGCAACCGGCGCUUCAGCCAGUCGUCCACGCUGCGCAACCACGUGCGCCUUCACACAGGUGAGCGACCUUACAAGUGCCAUGUGUGUCAGAGUGCCUACUCACAGCUGGCAGGACUCCGAGCACACCAGAAGAGCGCCAGACACCGGCCAGCAGCCACCAGUACAGAAACCAGGCAGCCGUCUCCUGCCUCUCCAUCACAAAUGGCCUCCAUGGCGCAGGCGGUGCCGCUGGUUCACCACAUAGCCACCAUGGUGCUCUGAGGAGUGCAGAGACACGUGACUGGACACUGGAAAUGUCGAUCGAACAUCGGGUCGAACCAUGUUGCACUUUUGCACUUCCUUCUUAAAUGUUGUGCAUUACAAAGAUCAGAUUCAAUACAUGCACAGUACAAUCUUGGUUAUAAUCUGGAUCGCUAUAUUUUGAUUACAUAAACCAGAAGACUUUAAUCUUUGAAGGGUUGAGACUUGUUCCCUAAUCACUCUGUCCUUUUCUGAUCUACAAUUCUUAAAGUCAUGUUUUUGGACAAUAUAAAAACAUUUAUACAGGUUAUAGGAGGAUCUUCUCCACUUUCUGGACAGGUAGCAUCAGUGAUUGUCCUUUUCUGGUGACAUUAACACCUUAAAAUAUAAAAAUAUGAUCAAUUUGAUCAAAGAUUCACUUAUUAAAGGAGCAGUUUGUAAUUUUAGCAACUAGCAAUGUGCAUUGGACAUGCUUUCACUUUCAUCAGAUGAUAUUUAAAUCACUGUGUUGAAUCUACGGAUACCUCCUGUGUUGUGAAAAGUAGUGAAGUGACAUACAGCUAAGUAUGGUGACCCAUAGCCCAUACUCAGAAUUCGCUCUCUGCGUUUAACCCAUCCAAAGUGCACACACACAGCAGUGAACAUACACACCCGGAGCAGUG